ACUUCGACCUGUCACGUCUUGUCUUAGGUACAAAUCAUCGACACAGGGAGAGAUAUCGAGAUGUCGACUGUAGUCCCAAUUAUUUACUUCAAAACAAAUAGAUUCCCUCACAACAUCACUCAACAGAAUCUUCAAGUUAGUGCUUUCAAAACAUAUAUACCCAACCUACAAAAAAAGCACCAAGAGAAGCAAGAUAAAGAAAAGCGCAAAAGCUAUAAAAGCAUCGCUUAGUGUGGUACUAGAUUUGUGAAUGAAAGCUUUCGUAACCAUAGCGACUAAACUAUCGCCAUAGACACAUUAUUGAUACAACAUAGUGCUAGACAAUCAACAUAUUCUACUAUUUAACAUUAUACUUGUAAUUAUUGAGCAUAUUAAAAAAUGGCACAAAAUAUUAGGAAAGAAAUUGACUUUAUUUCCGACAUUAACGAUCGGUAUGCUAUGAUGGAGUACGAGCUAGAAGAGAAGUUGAAAUUGUUAAAUCAAAACGAACAAAAAUUGGUGCAAUGCGAAAAUAAUAAUGCGUCCAAAUCACGAGCCCAAACACAACCAAGCCUAACGCUUCAAGCAGCAAGGCAGCGCAACUUCGAGUUGCUGAAAUCGCUGGAGGUAUCCAAGGCCCGGUUACGAUCCAGGGCUACAUUCAGUCCACUGGAAACCAUUCUGCAGAAAGCAAUCGAAAACUACUUGAAGGAAACAUCGCUGGUGCCCUGCACCACCAAAAAGGCUUACGGACCGACGUAUGUUUAGGGAUCACUACAAUAUAAAUAUAACUAUAAGAACAACGAAUGAUUUUUUCACAAAAUAUAGCGAAUUAUAUUUUCCGUG